AUGGCUACACACCCCGAGGAGAAACGAACACAACUCCACCGAAGCAUGAAUCUCGAACUCGAGCGUUCUGCCGAUGCAUCGUCGUUCGAUCCGGACGCUGCAGGAGAGCUGGCCCCGCUGACUAGCGACAUGCGACGACAGAUCUACGAGCUCAAGGCAGCCUACGAAGAGUUCUGGCAACAGCGCAAGUUCAGGAAGGGCUGGGCCAAGCCCCUGUUCGCCUUCGACGAGGCUGUCGAAGAGCUGCUGGCCCGUGCCGCCGAGGCCGUCGUUCGCAUCCGUUCACACUUUGAUGAGCUCAACGGAUCGAGCACGGUACCGCGCGGCCUCUCCAAGUCGGCCUCAUCGAUCGCCACAGCGAAGCUGCCUCGCUUCAAGGAGGGUCGAGCCCGCGAGUACCUGUGCAGCCUCGAGCAGGACCCCCGUGCCGCGCCGCAGCAGUUCGUGCGCGAGAUCGUCCACGCCACCCUCAGCAACGAGGAUGGCUACCUCGAGGAGGGCCUCACCGGCGACAAGCUCGACCGCUACAUCGACAAGAUCACGGCCUACAUGAGACAGAGAGAUGAGCAAGAGGCGAGGGCGACGGUGCAGCUGGAGGAGAAGCUCAAGCGGCGAUGGGCCAAGGCCGAGGAGCUGUUGAAGGCCUUCUACGCGCUCGACGCCGACGAGAAGGCGAGCAAGAGCCACUACCAGUCGCUCCAGAAGAUCAUCAAGCGCGUCGACGACGUGCGCGAGGAGCUCAUGCUCAUGCAGAGACGACGAGAAGCCAAGCGGGAGCAGCAGGAGCAACAGAGCGUCGAGGCCGAAGUCCCUCAGCAGCCGACAGUCAGCGCACCCGAGGAACCGGUCGCUACCGCGGAGAGCCAGCCGGCCCCUGAGGGAGAAGCGGCCCAGGCCGAGGAGAAGGAGGAAUCAGCACAGCCUGAGCAGCAGCAGCAGGUGGAGGCGCGCGAGGAACAGGAGGAGCCCAAGCCCGAGCAGGCCGCUGCCCCCGCGACAGAGGAGGCGCAAGCUGCGGCAGCAACAACUGAGCCUGCGGCACAGGAAGACAGCGCCGCCGCUGCCGCCGACACCGGCAAGGAGGUGGUGGAUGAGGAGAGCGAACAGAGGCGACGAAUCGAACAGGAGCGGGAGAAGGCCAUGCUCAAGAUCAAGAACGUGGCCGACAGCGUCACCCGACUGAGCGACCAGAUCGAGGGUUUCACCAGCGAGGCCACCGGGCUCGACAUGGAAGAGCUGCAGAAGGAGCCGGAGAGUGCGGAGAAGAUGCUGUCGAAGCUGCAGAAGCAGUGUCUGUUCUACUCGGAGAACCUGAUGAAGGACCUGCUCUCGCUCGACGCGAUCUCGACCGGCACCCUGCCCGGCAGCGAGGAGGCCAGCGAGGAGGUGCGCCCGCUCCGGAAGCAGCAGGUCAAGGAGAUUCAGGGCCUGCUGCAGGACGUCGACCAGGUCAACAGCAAGCUCAAGGCCAUGCUCAAGAAGGUCCAGGAGGAGAAGCAGCGCAAGGAGGAACAGCGCAAGAAGUUCGAGAUCGACGAACGCGCCAAGCAGCCUCAACAACCUCAACAGCAGCCGACUACGACUACGACAGCGACCGCGAGUGCGACUGCGGCGGCGGAGAAGGACCAGGCCAGGAGCGAGGGCGUAGAUAUGUGGCGUUCACUGAAGCUCAAGCCCAAGUUCGAGAUGGCCCGCACGCAGGACUCGAUCAUCCUGCAGGCCCACAUUCCCGGCAUGCGCGAGGAGGACAUCGAGAUCGAGCGCGACGACGACGGCCAGGCCUUCACGGUCAAGGGCCUCCGGGUGCCCACGCCGGCCGAGGAGGCCGCCAUGCGCCGACAGCUCAAGUCCGUGCUGGCGCGCGACCCGUGGGGUCUCUACUAUCCGCAGGGCGAGCAGGAACGCGACCUCCUCCUGCGCAUGGCCGCCGGUCGCUACGGCAGCUUCAGCGAGACCUUCGAGGUCUCGCCCGAGAUGGACCUCCUGGGCAUCGCGGCCAGCUACGCCGGUGGCGUCCUGCGCAUCGCCGUGCCCAUCAAGCCGCACCAUCAGCGACAGCAGCGACAGGGCCGAAAGAAGGCCUUCUACCCCCACCAGCAGCCGCCUCAGCAGUUCCCCUAUCAGCAGCGACGGCGCCACGGCGGCCGGCCGCACUAUGGCGGCUACCCAGCGGACGUGGGCGGCCAAGGCUUCUUCAACGACAAGUCCUUCUGGUGGUGA